AUGUUGGAUCCAAGCGAUAAAGGAUCAGAGUCCGAGGAGAUGAGUAUCAAAACCCCAGAUGUGGGUUCAUCCGAAGAAGGCCAUAAGAAGACCUGCGCCGACUGCGGAACCUCCAAAACUCCUCUAUGGAGGGGAGGCCCAGCAGGCCCUAAGUCGCUAUGCAAUGCGUGCGGGAUCAGAAGCAGGAAGAAGAGAAGGGCCAUUCUGGGCUUGAACAAAGAAAACCCCAAUGAUAAAAAGGGCAAGAGAAACAAGCAGCUAGGCGAUGGUUUGAAGCAGAGGCUAUUGGCUCUGGGAAGAGAGGUUUUGAUGCAGAGAUCGACGGUGGAGAGGCAGAGGAGGAAGCUAGGGGAAGAAGAACAAGCGGCUGUGCUACUGAUGGCUCUUUCAUAUGGCUCUGUCUAUGCUUAG